CGGAAACAGGAAGAGGAUGAGUGGACCGUUGAUAUGUAACCUGUAACACACCUCCAUGCAGCUGGGACGAGAUGCCCCACAUUUACCAUAAAAUGCGACGGUUUGGCUUCUCCCUCCUCCCCCACAUCUCUUCUCUUCCCUCCUCAUUCACUGUCCCCUCGGGCACCAGGACAUGCUGCCUCCGCCAAAGGGUCUUCACUGGUUCCCACACUUGUUACCAGAGCACCAUCCCUGGUCCCAGCUGCCAGCACAAGAGGGAUGUGAGCACAGCCCUCGGGUCGCACAUACAGGACCUGAGCGGGCCUGAGCAGAGACUGUUGGACAAACUGUAUGAAGGGCUGAUCGGAGGACAGCGGGCGUCUCUGGCUGAGUCCAUCACUCUGGUGGAGACCCAGCAUCCCAGGAAAAAGGAGCUGGCCCAGGUGCUGCUGCAGAGGGUGCUGGCCUACAGGAAGGAGCAGGAGAGCCGUAAUGGAGGGAAGCCAGUGGCUUUCCGAGUGGGUCUGUCCGGUCCUCCAGGAGCAGGGAAGUCGACCUUCAUCGAGGUGGUGGGGAAGAUGUUAACAGGACGGGGACAUAAGGUGUCAGUGCUGGCCGUUGACCCGUCCUCCUGCACUACAGGAGGGUCUCUGAUGGGUGAUAAGACUCGUAUGACUGAACUCUCCAGGGACAUGGACGCUUUUAUCAGGCCAUCUCCGGCCUCAGGAACACUCGGUGGAGUCACCAGAACAACUAAUGAGGCCAUUGUUCUCUGUGAGGGAGCGGGAUACGACAUUGUCCUUGUAGAGACCGUAGGUGUGGGCCAGUCAGAGUUCGCAGUGGCUGACAUGGUUGACAUGUUUGUGCUGCUGAUUCCGCCAGCAGGGGGCGAUGAACUCCAGGGUAUCAAGAGAGGCAUCAUUGAGAGGGCCGACUUGGUGGUGGUGACGAAAGCGGAUGGAGACCUGCUGGUGCCAGCCAGGAGGAUCCAGGCGGAAUACACCAGUGCACUCAAGCUGCUAAGGAGGCAGUCCAAGUCCUGGAACCCUAAGGUGGUGCGCGCCUCCUCGCUCACCAUUGAGGGCAUCCCAGAGGUCUGGGCGAAGAUGGAGUCGUACCGGGACGCCAUGUUGGCCUGCGGUGAACUGCGGGGCCGGAGGAGGGCCCAGCAGAAGGUGUGGAUGUGGAGUCUGAUCCAGGAGAACGCCCUCUGCCAUUUCCAGAAUCACCCCAGUGUCAGAGAGGCUCUACCUCACCUCGAGGAGAGGGUCACCAAAGGAGCCAUCUCCCCGGGCCUGGCUGCUGACCUGCUCCUCAAAGCCUUCUCAUCAUCACCACCGCAGUGAUCAGUGGGACUGCACUUCUGGAGACGGAUGGGGGUGGCUCGUGGUCAGUCAGGACUAAGGAAAGCCAGGACAGAGGGAGAAUAUGUGACCUUUACUCUGGUUUGCACAAAAAAAAAAAGAGCAGUCUUGCUUCUUUUUUUUUUAACACUUAAUUUGAAAUUCAAAACACCUGGAUGGAAGUCACCCCUCCACAGAAACUUCAAUCAGGAGAGGAAGAGCGUGCUGUGAGGUGUCCCCUUUCAGCUACUGCUUCCAUCCAUUUGGACAGUGGACAGCAAAACAAAACAUGACAGUUGUGUUUAAUAUUGCUGUGAGAUACGAAAUGUUGCAGAUACUGGGUUUGUCCUCUGGGACAAAGACACUACAGACCCUUGUUUUAAUACGAUUCGGGCAACGUGGUCUUUACAGAGAAGUGUACAGACCAUGUUGUUACAUCUGGAGUUUGCACAGUACCCAUCACCUUUAUGAACGGGGUCAUUAAAUGUGACUUAAUAUAUUGACAUGACAAGGACUGUAGCGGUGUGAUUUAUGUGUAAUGAUUCAGUGAUCAAUAAGAAAAAGACAGGAUCCGGCUCAGAGAAAUGGGAUUUGUUCUGCUGAGCUUCCGUGGACAUUGCUCCAAUAACAAACACACUUCCUCCCUUUGAGAAGCAACUGACCUACACAAUGUUUUUAUUCACUAUUUGUGUUCCUGAGUUGAAUAUUAUAUUAAAAAGAAUGAUGUGAAUCUUAAAUGGAUAAGAGAGUAACAUUAAAUCUGUCGGUACAGUUGGCCAAGCUUUUCUCUCUCCUUGUGUUUGCUCAUGAUAUGAACAAAGAGGGAGUGAUUAAUAUUACCUCUACGAAUAUUAGUCCUGAGAUUUGUCAAAGACGUAAUGAAAUUUCUGCUGCACGCUGGAGCCAGGAAUGUCAGUGCUAGGUAUUGCCUAAAUGAGUCAGCUGCUUCUAAUUCAGGCCAAACACUUUUAAUAUUUUCAGAAUUACUUUCAUAAUGUACUGCACUGCUGGACGCCGCCAGAGAAUUAUAGACAAAGAGAAGUCACGCACUCAUAACUCCAGUGCAGCUAGUUUAUUCAUUUAAGCAGACAUGCUGCCUCUUUCAGGGUAAAGAAGACGACCCCAGUGUCAGUGACAUAUGCCUUUAUAAUCUAUAUUACAGGUAUUUUCAAAUCACAGACAUUGGCCAUUGUAAAAAAUAUAUGUUUAAAAUAGCAGCGCAAACUAGGGUUGCUACGAACUUAUUCAUUUAGUCUAUGCAAUUCCAGUAAAAUUGUGCUUAAGUUGCUGAAAAUUGCUUUUUUAACCAAACAUGGUUAAAAUGGUCUAAAAUUGAGAAAAGCAGCAAAUUCUCACAUAUGAGAAGCUGAUAUUAGCUGCUGUUUUGGUCU